AUGCAUGAAAUUGUUACACUUCAGCUUGGCCAGCGGGCUAACUAUCUAGCAACACAUUUUUGGAAUCUGCAGGAAUCAUACUUUACAUAUAACGAAGGAGAACAGUCUGAAGUUGAUCAUGAUGUUCACUUUCGACCAGGUGUUGGAGCGGAUGGCUCUGAGACUUACACUCCACGCACAGUAAUCUAUGAUCUGAAGGGUGGAUUUGGAACAUUGCGCAGAUACAAUGCACUUUACGAGCUGAGUGAAGACUCCACGGCUGGUCAAGGAUUAUGGGAUGGAGCAGAGAUAGUCCAGAAACAAACUCCAAUUCAACAAAGCGAAUAUCAGAAAAGCUUGGAUUUGGGCACUCCAGCACCUCGCCUGACAUCAGAGUCCGUACGCUACUGGUCAGACUACAACAGAGUGUAUUAUCAUCCAAGGUCCAUUGUCCAGCUAAAUGAGUACGACUUAAACUCCCAGACCAUGCCCUUUGAGGACUGGAAUGUCGGGAAGAACCUCGACAAGGAGCAUGACCUUCUAGACCGUGACCUGAGACCUCUCCUUGAAGAAUGUGAUCACUUCCGGGCGCUGCAAUUGUUCUCCGGGUCAGAUGAUGCCUGGGGCGGAUUUGCUGCCCAGUAUAUGGAAAGACUAAGAGAUGAAUUCGGAAAGAAAAGUAUUUGGGUGUGGGCUAUUGAGGACGGCACCAAAACACAGCGGCAUCACCAGUUCAAGAAGGAUACGAACAAGGCCAGGUCGCUUUACGCGAUUGCCCCACUGGCAUCACUGUAUUCUCCAAUUAUCGAUGUGCCGCACAAGCUGCCCGGUUAUCUCAACGUUGAUCGCCAAUCAGAAUGGCAAAAAGCUGCCUUGCUAGCCUCAGCUAUUGAGACGGUCACACUGCCCUCCCGAUUGCGGCCAUAUCAGCAUUUCGAGGCUUCUCUCGCUGGAGAAGAUGGCACGCACACUAUCUUCGAAUUACAGUCUUCGAUCAAUAAAAUCAAAAUCAAUGGCGGUCAAACCAAGGAAGCCUCCAAUGAAGAUGGGCCGACGAAAGCCGAAGUUGAAUUUGACAUUGACUUCGCCUAUGACGGCGAGUAUAACAAGGGCGCUCAUAUCUUCAACCAAGUGCAGGUAACUCGUGGAGACGAACCAGAAAGGGACAGUGAGUCCACCGAGGACACGGACAUUGGGCACCUUCGCAAACUCAGAAGAUACAACGCAGAAUCAAUGCUGCAAAGUUUCCACACGCCACUCAGCAUGCCCAUCCUUGACAGUUUCCCGCAUGAUAUGUUCCCCACCCCCGAGGUAGGUACUGGAGUAAACGUGUUUACCGCAUUGACCGCCUCGACACGAACGGCUCAGAGGAUCAAGGCUAUCUCGGCGACUGCCGCUCGCCUGAUGUCGGUCGAUGAGCGCGAGGCCUUGGUAAACGGACUCGGGGGAGAUUCGAGAGUACUACGAGACAGGGUGGAGUAG